GUUAUUGAUUGAUUACCGAAUCUUUUUAUAGAUAAACAUUUAUUUAUUUUAUUAUUAUUAUUAUUAUAACUUUUUAAAUGUAAUUACAAAUAUGACGUUAAUUCCGAAAAAGAAUGAAGUAUAUAAAGAUGUAGAAUAUUGGAAUAAGAGGUACGAAUUGGAAGAAAAUAACGACUGGCUCCUGCAUUACGAUUCACUCUCUCAUUUAAUCACUCAAUAUGUUAAGUUUACAGAUAAAAUAUUAAUGUUAGGUUGUGGCAACAGUUUAUUGAGUGAAAGGAUGUUUAAAGAAGGGUUUAAUGACAUUACGAAUAUAGAUUAUUCUAAUGUUGUUAUUGAUAAGAUGAAGAACCAUUGUUCAGCUUGUUCCGAAAUGAAAUGGUUAUGUAUGGAUGCUAAAGGAUUAAAGUUUCCUGAUAAAGAUUUUGAUGUGGUGAUAGAAAAAGCCACAAUUGAUUCGAUGAUGGUCGAGGAAAAGGAUCCGUGGAAUAUUUCUCAAUCGACUGCUAACGAUAUCGAUUUAGUUCUUAGUGAGGUAUCGCGCGUGUUGAAAAAUGGUGGACAUUUCGUCUCCAUCACCUUCGCUCAACCGCAUUUCAGGGGUCCAUUAUAUAACAAUUCGAAAUUUAAAUGGUCUUUCGAUAAAUGGGAACUAGGAAAUGAUUUCCAUUAUUAUUUUUAUGUCAUGACCAAAGGACAAUCAUCUUCCAAGGAAAUAUUUACAUACACUCCACCUGUAUACACAGAAAUCAAUUCAAAAACUAGUUUUGAAACCGAAGCAACCGAGGACAAUUUUCUUUUUAUGAUCGAAGGUUGCUGACAUUCGUUUUAUAUAGAUUUAUUAUCUAAAGUUCUUCGAAGAUGUACUUGAAUGAUUGUUAUACAGUGAAAUUGUUGAUUUUUAAAUUAAUAUUUUUAUAUAUAAAUUAUAAAACUAUAUUUAUAUAUUAAAUAUU